AUGUCUGAUUUCGGAGACGACAUGGACGUCGACGACGCCCCUGCGCCGUCCAAGGACGUCCUCUUUUCCUCGGAAGCCAACAAGGGCAAGCGGAGCGCUGCCAAUCUCCCGGUCGAGGCAGAGGAUAGCUUGCCGUGGGUCGAGAAAUACCGGCCGGCGACGCUCGACGACGUCUCGGGCCACCAGGACAUCCUGGCCACCAUCAACAAGUUUAUCGACUCCAACCGCCUCCCCCACUUGCUCCUCUACGGGCCGCCCGGCACCGGCAAGACAUCGACCAUCCUGGCGCUGGCGCGGCGCAUCUACGGCGCCUCCAACCUGCGGCAGAUGGUGCUGGAGCUCAACGCGUCCGACGACCGGGGCAUCGACGUGGUGCGCGAGCAGAUCAAGACAUUUGCCAGCACCAAGCAAAUCUUCGCAAUGGGCGCCUCGGCCAAGGCCGGCCACCCCAUGGCUGCCUUUAAGCUCAUCAUCCUUGACGAGGCCGAUGCCAUGACCAACACGGCGCAGAUGGCUCUGCGCCGCAUCAUGGAAAAGUACACGGUCAACACGCGCUUCUGCAUCAUUGCAAACUACUCGCACAAACUGAGCCCCGCCCUGCUGAGUCGCUGCACGCGCUUUCGCUUCAGCCCGCUCAAGGAAGGCGACAUUCGCACGCUCGUGGAGAAGGUGGUGGAGGAGGAAAACGUCAAGAUUGGCGCCGAGGCGGUCGAUGCGCUCAUCAAGCUGAGCAAAGGGGACAUGCGGAGGGCACUCAAUGUGCUGCAAGCGUGUCAUGCUUCGAGUACGCCGCUGAGACCAAAGGGCGCGCCCAAGAUACCCGAGAGCGAGAUCCGGCGAGAGAUGAUUACAACGGAAACGAUAUACAACUGCAUCGCGGCACCGCCGCCCGACGCAAUCAAGGAGAUUAUGGCAACGCUGCUCAAGACGUCGGACGUGACGAGCUGUCUGACCACGGUCAAUGCGCUCAAGGUGACGAGGGGCCUCGCGUUGGCCGACAUAAUCACGUCGCUCGCGGACGAGCUGGCCAAGCUUGAGGUCAAGCCCGAAGUGAUGAUCUCGUGGCUCGCCGGGCUGGCCGAGAUUGAGCACCGGGUCGCCAGUGGCGGCAGCGAGGCGGUGCAGACGGGGGCGGUUGUCGGCGUCGUGAGGACCGGCGUGGAGCUGAUGGGCAAGUAG